AUGGAAGAAGAGUCUAAACGUCAAUUGCCCUUCCUUGAUGAACUGCAACACCAUCCUCAACACCAUCACGGCGACUGGCAAGCCACCAACCAGCCAGAAACAACAACCACCAGCACCGACCAGCCAGAAACAACAACCACCAGCACCGACCAGCCAGAGCAACAGCCACCAACACCGACCAGCCUGAAACAACAACCACCAACACCGACCAGCCAGAAACAACAACCACCAACACCGACCGGCCAGAAACAACAACCACCAACACCGACCAGCCUGAAACAACAACCACCAACACCGACCAGCCUGGAAACAACAACCACCAACACCGACCAGCCAGAAACAACAACCACCAACACCGACCAGCCAGAAACAACAACCACCAACACCGACCAGCCAGAAACAACACCAACACUGACCACCAACACCGACCAGCCAGAAACAACAACCACCAACACCGACCAGCCAGAAACAACAACCACCAACACCGACCAGCCAGAAACAACAACCACCAACACCAACCA